AUGCCCCAUUUGCCGAUGCAAGGGAGGAGUAGGGAGGAGGAGGGGGGAGGAGGGAGGGAGGAGGAGGGAGGAGGAGGGAGGGAGGAGGAGGGAGAGAGGAGGAGGGAGGGAGGAGGAGGGAGGAGGAGGAGGGAGGGAGGAGGAGGAAGGGAGGAGGAGGGAGGGAGGAGGAGGGAUGAGGAGGAAGGAGGAGGGAGGAGGAGGGAGGAGGAGGGAGGAGGAGUGAGGAGGAGGGAGGAGGGAGGAGGAGGGAGGAGGAGGGAGGGAGGAGGAGGGAGAGAGGAGGAGGGAGGGAGGAGGAGGGAGGGAGGAGGAGGGAGGGAGGAGGAGGAAGGGAGGAGGAGGGAGGGAGGAGGAGGGAUGAGGAGGAAGGAGGAGGGAGGAGGGAGGAGGAGGGAGGAGGAGGGAGGAGGAGUGAGGAGGAGGGAGGAGGGAGGAGGAGGGAGGAGGAGGGAGGGAGGAGGAGGGAGGAAGGAGGAGGGAGGGUGGAGGAGGGAGGGAGGAGGAGGGAGGGAGGAGGAGGGAGGGAGGAGGAGGGAGGAAGGAGGAGGAAGGGAGGAGGAGGGAGGGAGGAGGAGGGAGGAGGAGGGAGGAGGAGGGAGGAGGAGGGAGGAGGAGGGGGAGGGAGGAGGAGGGAGGAGGAGGGAGGAGGAGGGAGGAGGGAGGAGGGAGAAGGAUGGAAGAUAGAUGGAAGAUAGGAUAGACGAAAGAUAAGAUAGA